UUUUUUCAUUAAUUAUACGAAUUGUCGCAAAUAGUUCCAAUCAAUGUGUCAGUGUAUUCGUAUACAUAUAUACCUAUAUGUUUAAUAUGUCAAUUUCUAUCAUCUGAAAGAAAUCAAAUUGUAAAGAACACGAAAUAAUUUAAUAAUUCCGUACACGAUACACAUUUAUGAAAGAAAAAAUAAAUUGAAGAAGAACAGAAAAAGGCAAUAACAACAACAACGAGGACGACGACAGCAGCAGAAGCAAUAAUAAUAACAACAACAACAACUAUUGUGAAAAGACAAACACAGAAGAGUGAAAAAAAGAGAAUAAGAACAAUAAAUAAGAAGAAGCGAAUUGAAGUAAAAAUCGUACGCUCGUAUUUCCCAUUUAAUAUUAUAAUUUAUGAACUGUAGACACUUAUUACGACGAAGGUUUCGCAAAGAAUCUGUUCACUUUUUUUUGCUCAGUGUUUGGUGUACAAUAUAUAUUUUUGCUGCUUCUUCUUCUUCUUCUUUUUCUGUGCUAUUACAAUACAAUUCGAUGUGAACUAGAUGUCGCAUGUUCUGAUAAAGAAGUUGUUUAAACACAUUUGAAUACGACGUGAUCGCAUGUAUGGAUCAGACCAGACCAAUGAACGAACCAAAACAGUGUGUGUAUUUGUACAUAGCAAAUGAAUAAAUAAAUAAAAAAAAUAUAAAAAAAUAUCGGAUGUCAAACUUGAAUAAAACGAACAAUAAAUUGCGUUUUGCAAUUGUACUAAAUACUCACGGCUACUGAGAGUCCGUGUCUUUGAGUGCUUAAUUUUGUAUCGGUGUAUUUGUUGUACUCUCUCUGUAAUAUACAUAUAUCAGUGAAUAAAUUUCGACUCAACGAUACAAACAUACGUUAACCACAUACUCAUUAGCACGUAAAUACACAGAGAUUUAAAUUAUUCUCUCAUUCGUUCAUCAUAUUCUCUCUCUCUCUCUAUCGUUCAUACACAACGUUUAUGGUGCUUUUGUUUUUGUUUUAAAACGUAUAUGAUAAAUCCGUAACAUCAUUCGAACCAUACAUCGUACUUGCAUUUUGACUGACUACAAUCCAGAUCAAUCGAGAGAGACUACAGCUACAGCGGACAUUCCAAUUGACGAGAUUUUUCAUGUGUUGAUUUAUUCGAUUCAAGUAAAUUUUUAAUCGAAGAGAUAAAAGGAAAUAUGGCAUAUUCGCAAUCACCGCGUGAGAGUGGUGAAGAAUCGGAAGAAGAUGAAAUGAUUGAGGAGAGUCCAUGUGGGCGUUGGUCGAAGCGGCUGGAAGUGGUUGAUCAACGCGAUGUGCCCGGUAUCGCUGGUGCAUAUUUGGCAAUGGACAACGAGGAGGGCGUCGAAGUUGUAUGGAAUGAAUUGUUAUUUACAAGUGCACGACAUUUAAAAAACGAUGAAGCCAAAUACCGUGAAAUGUUUGAUUGUAUGUCACAAUUGGAGCAUCCAAAUAUAGUAAAAUUUCAUCGAUAUUGGUCGGAUGUACACGAUGAAAAGCCUAGAAUAGUAUUUAUAACAGAAUACAUGUCGUCCGGAUCAUGGAAACAAUUCCUAAAACGAACCAAACGUAAUGUUAAAAAAUUAUCGUUACACGCAUGGAAGCGAUGGUGUACACAAAUAUUGUCGGCGCUGGGCUAUUUACAUUCAUCAAAGCCGCCAAUUGUACACGCCAACCUCACCUGUGAUACAAUAUUUAUUCAGCAUAAUGGUUUAGUGAAAAUUGGUAGUGUAUCGCCGGAAUCAAUUCAUCACUAUGUGAUAACGUCGCCGGAAUAUAAGCAACAUCAUUCAAAUGUUCGUAUUUUGGAAUAUGGUCCAACACCAACCGAAGCAAUGGACGUCUACUCAUUUGGUUUAUGUUCAUUGGAAAUGGCGGCGGUUGAUAUGCAAGGUGACGACGAUGCUGGUAAACUAGUCUCUGAAAAACAAAUUCAACAAACCAUUGCCAGUUUAGAGGAUGCAAACCAAAGGGAUUUUUUACAAAAAUGUCUACACGAAGAUCCAUCAAAGCGUAGCACCGUUCGUGAGCUAUUGUUUCAUCCAUUGUUGUUUGAGGUGCCGUCGCUAAAACUCCUGUCGGCCCAUUCAAUUGUCAAUUCAUCGCCCAUAUUCUCAGAUACAAUAAUUGAUGAACGUAUGCAACCGUUGUACAAAAGUGAUUCAAUAUUGGCCUAUAUACAACGGGCCGAUCAACCGGUUGAAGUGAGAUUACGUGAUGUGCCGCCCGUUGAAAAAUUGGAAAAACUUAUUGAAGAUGUAAAAUAUGGUAUUUAUCCGUUAACUGUAUUCGCACCAAAACGUAUGGCAAACAUUCGAAUUCGGGCAUUGUCACCGGAUGCAGCCGAAUCGGUGAAAUCAACAACACCCGAACCCGUUGACAUUGAAACACGCGAAAUCGUUAAUAUGAUGUGCAGCGUUAAACCAAGAGAAACGGCAACUAAUGAUUUAAUUAUGACACUGCUAUUGCGAAUGGAUGAUAAAAUGAACAGGCAAUUAACGUGUCAAAUAUCGCAGGACGAUUCAGCCACAACAUUAACCAAUGAGCUUGUACAUUUAGGUUUUAUACAUGAAAAUGAUCGCGAAAAAAUCGUCACAUUAAUAGAUAAUACAUUGAGGUCAUACAUGCAAAAUCCAUCUCAGCAGCAGCAACAGCAGCAGCAACAGCAGCAGCCUCAGAUGCCAUCGCAAUCCCAAUCACAAUCGAUUCAAACAAGCAAUCCACAGCACGCUGAUAUUAAACAAAAUCCGUUGCACUACCAAAAUAGAAUUGAGAUAGAAAAAAAAAUGGAUCUGAGUGGAUUUAAUAAUGGAAAUCUUACUCAACAACAAAUUGCUCAAUUGCAUCAGCAGCAAUUGGAACAAAUGAUGCAAAUGCCACAACACAUGCAGCAGCAGCAACAGCAGCAAAACAUUGAGCAACAAAAGCAAAAUCAAAGCCAAAAUCGUCGUCGAAUUCGUAAGCAGAAAAAUAGUGCGUCACAAUCGACGGUACCAUCUGAAGGUGGAGAAGAGAAUCAAGGCGAAAAAAGAUCGGCAAAGAAAAAGAAUGUCGACGAAAAUGUGUCCAUCGAGGAAGCAUUGAAGGCACUAACAUUGACACCGGAAGGAGCCAACAACGCUAUGAAAACACCAGUGUCAGUGCUUCAAGAAUUACUGAGUCGCCGUGGCAUCACUCCAACAUAUGAUCUCGUGCAAAUCGAAGGAGCAAUACAUGAGCCGACUUUUCGCUAUCGCGUCACUUAUGGAAACAAAGAUGCCAUGGGAGCUGGAAAAUCCAAAAAAGAAGCCAAACAUCAAGCUGCUCGUAAUUUAAUCGAUAAAUUGACCGGCGUGCAAAUUGCUGACCAAAUCUUACCACCUACAUCGAACGGGAACAAAGAUGCGGACGGAAAAGUCAAUGGCAAUCCAAUUGGAUGGUUGCAAGAGCUUUGCAUGGCACGACGUUGGCCACCACCAUUCUAUGAAACUCAAUCCGAAGUUGGUUUACCACAUGAAAGACAAUUUACGAUUGCUUGUCAUGUAUCGACUUAUUCAGAAACAGGACGUGGCAAAAGUAAGAAAGAGGCCAAGCGUUUGGCAGCUCAUCAAAUGUGGCAACGUUUACAAGAUUUACCCGUUGACAACCAAGACGAUGUAACUGACGACAUCAAUCAAGCAAACGUAACCAAUCGUUACGCUGAUUUGAAGGAGAAACGUAUUGCAACAUUGACCAAUCAGCACAGUUUCAAAGUAUCCCAGUUCCAUAAAACAUUAAAGGCCAAUUGUGGCCAAAAUUUGAGCAAACUUCAAUCUACUUGCUUGAAUGAUCCGAAUGUCAACUUUGUACAAUUUUUGCAAGAAAUUGCAACCGAACAGAAUUUUGAGGUGACUUUUGUUGACAUCGAGGAAAAAACAUAUUCGGGCCAUUUCCAGUGUUUGGUCCAACUAUCUACUUUACCAGUAGCUGUAUGUCAAGGCUCUGGUAAAACAUCUAAAGUCGCCCAAACUUGUGCUGCACGCAAUGCAUUGGAGUACUUGAAAAUAAUGACAAAAGUUUAAAUGCAAAAUUGACUGACGUGGACCGCAUGCUCGAAUCAAGUAAUUCUAGAGAAAAAACGCCAAUUUCUCUCUCUCUCUAUAUAUAUCGGAUUGUGCUGAGAAAUAUUGAUUGAUUUAUUAAUAAUGAAAUUGUAUUACUUUUACCGAUUCGACAAAAUAAUCGCUCCAUUGGACUUGGAUUAAACAGAAUAAAAAUCUUACACAACUAUGAAUUAAGUAAGUGAUGUCGAGAUAUGUUUAUUGCAGAAACUAGUAUAUUUCAUGUUCAUCUAAUAGGACAUCCCUUUUGAAACUAUAUUCGUAUUUGAUUAUAUAUUGUUGCAUCAUUUUAUUGUAUUGCAUUGCAUUGCAAUCAUGUGCAGAAAACUAGAAAAGGAAGAAAAAAACACUAAAAGACCGAAUAAUACUGAUAAUAUUAAUAUAUGCCCAAUUCAUGGAUUUUAAUAAAUUUGAAAAGAAACGUACAUUUCUCCUUCGGUCGUGAAUUAAGAAGAAAAUGCCGCAGUUGAAAACAUUUAAUUCACAAUUGAAAGAGAAUAUAAGAAAAACAUACGUUUUACACACUAAUAAAAAUGAUAUUGAUAAUUGGUUUUGGAUGCAAAUUAAAUAUAAUAAUACAUCACUUAUUGUAAUCAUAGAAUUAAAGAAAAAAUCA